AAGAAAAAGAGAGAAAGAAAAAAUGGCAGGAAGUGGAGUGCAUUCAUACCAUCCAGUCCUGAAUGCAUCAAGUGGUACUGGCUACGUUACCACUGUUGGUGGACUCAAUUCCUACGUCAGUGGUUCCCAUCUCGUCCCGUGGGCAAUCGUUCUUAUGUCCGAUAUUUAUGGAUAUAAAGCACCAAAUUUCAGGAAUGUUGCAGACAAGGUUGCUGCUAGUGGGUAUUACGUUGCAGCUCCUGAUCUCUUAGAUGACGACCCUUUUGAUGAUAAUGAUGUCGACAGACCCUUAGAUGUUUGGUUGCAAGAUCAUCCACCGGAAAAUGUUUCUGCAGAUGUAAAACCUGUUAUUCAAGACUUAAAAAGGAGAGGUUUUUCUAGGAUCGGAAUUGCUGGUUUUUGUUGGAGCGGUAUUGGCGCUGCCGACAUUGCGAAAACCAAACUUGUGAAAGCAUCUGUGCUAUCACAUCCAUCAUUUGUCCAAGUGAACAACUUUCGAGGUAUAAAGGCUCCUAUUGCUAUUUAUGGUGGUCAAAAUGAUACAAUGACUCCUCCAUCGCGUAUAAUAGAAAUUGAGCGAUUCCUACGAGAUGCUAGACCUAAGGUUACUUAUGAGGUAAAAAUAUUUCCAAACGUGGAACAUGGUUGGACUCUGUUGUACGAUCCUAAUGAUCCAAAAGCUGUGAAGGCUGCAGACAAGGCUCAUCGAAUGAUGAUAAAUUGGUUUGAUAAACAUGUUAAGAACUGAGAAAUCUUGUUAUGUCUGUAGUUUCAUUUAUGAAAAAAUAAACUGUUGUGACCAAUCGUAUUAAGUACGUCAUAGGUGUAGCAGCUUUUAAGAAUCUUUGUUUGACGAGUUCAAAGAGAUUCUAUCAAAGAUGUAAUUUCAGUUUAUCUAUCUUAGAUGUUUCCAUAAAUGAUUUACACUAAACUCUUGUAAAGAUGAUAAUGAAUCGUGAAAUAAAUUAUGAUGUUAUUUUCC